UUAUGAAAUUUCUGCAAAUUCACACCACCGUUGAAUCCCAAAUAGUAUCAUACUAUAAAUCCAAAAACAAAGCCAUUGUUUUACAGGGAAAUGGGGAACAGCAUGGGAGGAAGAAACAAGGCAAAGGUGAUGAAAAUCGACGGGGAAACAAUCAAGUUAAAGACACAAAUCCGAGCUUGGGACUUGUUGAAGGAUUAUCCAGGCCAUGCCUUGUUGGAUUCAGAGACCGUCAAGCAUUACGGGAUCCGUUCUAAGCCAUUAGAGCCACAACAAGGUUUGAAGCCCAAGAGAAUUUACUUCCUGCUGGAGUUGCCCGAUGAUAAAGCACCCAGGAGAGUCCGAUCAGGAGGGAUUCAUAUGAGCGCCAGAGAUAGGUUAGAGUGCUUAAUGUUGUCGAGAAGAACGGUCUCCGACUUGUCCGUGGUUAGAACAUCGUCCAGCCUAGGGUCUGAUGGGGUCGGAGCAACAGGGUCCCGGGGAAUGAUGAGUGUCAAAAUGAGGCUGACCAAGUCUCAAAUGGCCAAGUUGGUUGAAGAGAGCAGAGAUGGUGUCGAGGUGGCGGAGAAGAUACUACAUCUUUAUAUAAAAAAAGGUGGCAGUGACGGCGAUGAUCAUAUCCAUCGUUAAGCGCCCUGGAAACCU